AUGACCCCUCGUCUCCCUUCUCGACGUCAUGUCGACCUGGUCAACCUCUCAUUCCUCUUACCAUGGGCGGGCAAGUCAAGCUACACCACCCUAUCCUCCCCCUCCCCCACCUCAUCUCAACCUUCUCCUCAAAAAUCUCCUUUAUACCCUCCACGAGUCUACGCCGAAUCAAGUAAAAUGGCAUCCCUCCGCCAGCGGAAAAAAUCACCAGGCCUAAUUCAUUUCCACUUAUCAGUCUCGAAUCCACCACUACCUUCUACACUCCUGGAUCUCGUUCGAGCAGACAAUCGUCAUCUAAAUCUGAACUCAGGUAUGGCCCUGUCAUCGUACUGCUUCAGAAUGGGGGAUCUGAAAUCGUAUAGGGGGUUAUGGCAACUGAUGGGCAGGAAACGAAUCGCACCAUUAUCAACUAUCAGAUCACACCUUUCAAUCCGAUUACCUCUCCCUUCUUCAUCACAAAGUGAGAACGGAAUCUCGAAGAUGAAAGUGAAAUAUAGGAUUCGACCUAAUAGAUGGGCAAUCAAGAUGUUCCCUCCAAUACCUUAUCUCCCUUCCAAGAAAUUUACCAAAUCCCAAUUAGUCCAACAUCUUCAUUACCUCUUACUUCAAACUGAAUCUCAAAGUGAAUUACCCACUUUCCAAGAAGGUCUAGAACUGCUGAAACGGUCGACAGAUUGGAGUAAUAGUAAUAUCGAAUAUGGAAGUGCAUUAGAAUUGUUGAAUUUGUAUUUAGCGUAUAAUCACACAUCUCCAUCUUCUUCCGCAAGACAGAUAGAUGGAUUAGAACUGGUCGAUACCUACUUGAAAGAGGUACAGGGAGCCAGAGUGAAUAAACAAACACUGCAUCUCCUAAUCAAAUCACAUAUUUCAGCAUCACUUCCUCAGGUCGAUUCUAAGGCAUAUUCACCAGAAAUGAAAUUACUCAAAAACAAAAUCCUAGCUACGAUAUCGAAUUUCUCCCUUGCUCACCAAAUCACCCCUGGACCCGAGACGUACAGGAUCCUAGCUAGGUUUGCAGGACAUUACAAAUUAGAUGAUUUGGCGGGUAUAGCCUGGGAAGGAUGGUACGAUGCGAUCAAAUUGGAUCAAUUGAUCAAACGACAGUCCACUCAGGGUGAUCGUACUCUAGUUGAAAUUUUGGGUCAUAGUUCGACCUCGGGGUUGAGAGUGAGAUUCGGUAGGAUUGGGUACAUGAAUAAAAGGUGGACGAGGGUGGCGAGGUUAUAUGAGAAUAUAGGAUGGAUAAAGAAGAAUGAGAUUGAAGACGCUUUGGAAGACGAAUAUGGGUUUGGGUAUGUGUGGUUGGGUGAGAAAGGUAGAUUGGCUAAAUUGGCUGAGCUGGAGGUUAUCGAUAAGAAGGAGACAGAGGUCGUAAGGGAACAAAUCAAAUUGGAAAAUAUCCUCAACGUGAAAGAAGAAGAGGAAGUAGGAUCUAUAGUGGGCAAAUUAGAUGAUCUCAAAAUAAAGGUCGAGGAUACCAUGUCGGCACUACAAGUCCCCAGGGAAGAAAUCAAGGUUAAUAUUGAGAAGAACGAACUAUCAAACCAACCUAUACUCUCUAUCGUGAAAGACAAAGAGGAAACCUCAGAACAGGAUUCAUCAUUUGCCAUCAUUGACGAGUCCGAAGUCAGUCAUCAUAAACCACCUUAUUUCGUUCUGAUUCGAGAUGGAUCCACCGUCAAAAUCCGAUCGAAGAGUAAGAACGAUAAUAAUCAAAUAGAUCUAGAUGGAUUGGAUGAUAAGCCGAUCUGGGAAUGA